AUGACGAAGAAGAGGAAGAAGAAGAGGAAGAAGCCAAGGGAGGAAGACGAAGACGAGGCCAGCCAGCAAGGGACGGCCACGCGACGGCGAGCUGCAGGGCUAGUCAGGGAAGAUGCAGGCAGAGAAGAAGCAGAAGAAGAAGAAGAAGAGAAGAAGAAGAUAAAAAAGAUGGACUAUUCUACUAUUAAGAGAGAAGAAGAAGAAGAAGAAGAAGAGAAGAGAAUAAGAGAAGCUCUUGCUGGAGUCUUCAGUCUCUUCGUCUUCGUCUUCUUCUUCACUGCUGGUUUCUUCUCUUCUUCUCUUCUUCUCCUUCCACUGACUCUACCUCUUACUGCUCUUCUUCUGCCUACCAUCGACUGCUCUCUCUUCCUCUCUCUCUCUCUCUCAGCUUCUUCUUCUCUUCUUCUUCUUUUCUUCCUUUUCUUCUUCUUCAACUUUACUUUUUCUUAUUUUUUUACCUUUUUUUACUUUUUUUUUCUGGCUUUUUUUCUUUUUUUCGCCGUCGAUUUUUCUAUCACUCGCAGACGCUGGACUCUCGGACUUCAAGAUAUCAAACAGACAGACAGACAGACAGACGAAGACGAAGACGAAGAGAGACCUCGUAUCCCUCUCUGCGGCCUCUUCAGCGACAGCCUUGACUCGCUAGCCAGCCUCGAGCAGACGACUUCUGGGAGUUUUGCGUCUGCUUCUGCCUAUAAAGCUCCCUCGUCCUCCGCCGCCACCACCACCACCACCAUCUACACCCUCGAUAUAUCACUAUAUAUCACUACUAUAUCACUAUAUAUUAAUAUAUAA